AUGUUUGAAAACAAUGAAGAAAUGAGGGCAAUUGAUGAACGAAAAAAUGGAAAGCAAAUAAGUCAAGAUGAACAUUCGAGAAGCCGAGUGAGUUUUGCGGUGAAGAAUCUCAGCAAUGAAAUGAAAUUGACGUUGCUUGAUAAGCUGGAAGUGGAUGGGGUGAUCAAGCUCGUCCAAAGCAACAAGACGUUCCGACAGACGGUUUUUGCUGAACCAUGGAGAGUUUUUGGGAAGGAAUUUGCUAUGAUUCGAGUCUCAAAGCAUUCACUUGAAGUUCAAAAAGCAGCAAAUAUGGAAACCCUCUACUACAAUGCUGAUUUUCCUAUUUGGCGAUUCGUUCAGCGGCUUCAGUUCGGCAAAUUGCUUGAGGUAAUCUGCCCAGAGUGUGAUGAUCGAUUAUCCCCAGCGCUGGAUGCUUGUUGUCGUCGAUGCCAUCGACAAGAUCCAAACUUUGACCUUCACAAAAUCUUCCCACAACUCAAGCAAAUCGACAAGCUUCGAGUUCAUUUACAUUACAAAACGUUCAAGAAAUUGUUUGCCAAUUUCCAAGCUCAAGUCAUUUCUUCUACUUCUCUAUCCCUUCACGAUAUGGAAAUCCCGCCAACAAAACAGCCAGAGAUUUUUGACAGUUUUUCCAACAACUCUCUGAAGUUUUGCGAGAAAAUUGAGUUAAAUUGCUGGAAUGAUGACCAGUAUGAGCUCUAUCGAGAAGCUCUCGUGAAAACGAGAGUGAAAUUGGUACACAUUGUCCUCUGGCGUGACAUCUAUCGUCAGAUCGUUGAAUCGUUGAAAUCUAAAGGAGUCGCCGGAGCAAAUCCCCAAGCUUCAGCUCUACUCUUUGAGGAAUAUGGCCACUUGUGGGGAGUACUCGAUUUGUUCCAUUCACUACCAGAAAUCAUUGACUCAAAAGAGAUCCUCUACGAAAAAGCCAAGGAAGACUAUCAAAAAUGCAACAAAACUUGUGCUGAUAUUGUGAAAUAUCGAUUCUUUCGACAAUCCGACAAUCGAGGAGGAGAAUGCCUCUGGAUGAUCCCCUGGGAAUCAUCGUAUGGACUCUUUGUGAAGAGAUUUCAAGAU